AUGCGCAACUGGCCACACGAGCAUGCCAGAUUGGAGGAAGCGGCAGCGGUGGUGCUCUUGUCGAGCGAGUCGGACGAGUCCGUGCCGAGGCUGUCGAAGUGCCCCAGCGACUUGCACAGCAACGAGAACCGCAACGAGGUCAUAGCCGCCGCGGUGAAGGAUGACGACCACGGCAGUGGCGACAGCACGAGCCGCGUAGUCAACUACGGCGGCCCGCACGGCAACGGCAGCCUGUUCAGCAUGGGCAAGGAGGAGUACGCGAUGCUGGAGAAGAAGGAGGCCAAGUACUUGCGCAUCGCGCAGAACGUUCUGAAUGGAUGUGGUAUCACCAUUGGCGGCGAUAAGCCAUACGACAUGGUCGUGCACAACCCGAUGCUGUUCCGCCGCGUUAUCCGAAAGGGCAGUCUUGGCCUCGGUGAGGCCUACAUGGAGGGUUGGUGGGACACCCGCGACUUCUAUGCCCUGGACGAGUUCUUCAAGCGCAUCCUGCAGAGUGGGAUCGAGUACUACUUUCCGAAUAACGCCAAAGACAUGAUCAACAUCAUCCUCGCCAAGAUGCUCAACCCGCAAACCAAGUCGAAGAGUCGCAGGGUGGGCAUGCAGCACUACGACAUCGGCAACGAGUUCUUUCGAAACAUGCUGGGGCCGCGCAUGCAGUACAGCUGCGCGUACUGGGAGAAGCACGUCGGCUUCGCGGAGGACCACAUGACUAAGCCGGUAGAGACGCUGGACGAGGCGCAGGAGCUAAAGCUGCACAUGAUCGGCGAGAAGCUGCGCCUGCGUCCAGGGAUGGAGGUGCUUGACUGCGGCUGUGGGUGGGGCGCCCUGGCGGUGUUCCUGAGCGAGAAGUACAACGUGAAGGUGACGGGCAUCACAAUCUCGGAGGAGCAGAGCGAGGGUGCCGCGCGUUUUGUGAAGGACGACCCGAACGUGACCAUUCUCAGGCGCGACUACCGCGACGCCACCUUCGACCACAAGUUUGACCGCAUUGUGAGCGUCGGCAUGUUCGAGCACGUUGGCCCCAAGAACUACAACACCUUUUUCAAGCACAUGCGCCGCCUACUGCGCGACGACGACCCCGAGGCGCUCCUGUUGCUGCACACCAUCGGCAGUAAGACGACCAUGAGCAGCGCCGAUCAAUGGUACCUCAAGUACAUUUUUCCGGGCGGCUGCCUGCCGAGCAUCUCAAGCAUUGGCAAGAGCAUCGAGACGUAUUUUGUGAUGGAGGACCUGCAUAACUUUGGCUUCUUCUACGGCAUGACGCUGCUUGCCUGGCGCUCGAACUUUCUCGCCCACUGGAACAACUCGGUCGAGAGCAAGAAGCCCGGUGCGGAUGUGUUCUUCCGCAUGUUCUACUACUACCUGAGCAGCAGCGCUGGCGCCUUCGAGGCACGUGACCUACAGCUGUGGCAACUGGUCCUGAGCCCGAAGGGGACACCUGGGUACGCCAGCGUGUACCGGCCGUAA